UCCGGUAUUACUCUGUACAUUGUAUGAGUUGACAUUCCGCGGCUACUCAUUCAAAAUGCCUGCCAGAAAAGCAACUGCUAACAAAACUGUAGUUUCUUCGACAGACAAACCCCAACACGCGUUCUUCCCAUACGCCCGAUACACUUCCGUCGUAGGCGUGCACAGCAGCCUCGUAGCGUUUACCGCCCUGUUCCUACCCCAGACAUCUCAUUUACUUUGGACAGCUGAAUCAACGCUCGCAGAUCGACCCCAAUCGCAGUUUCUCGACGCGCUGACAGAUAGCUCCGUUCUAACACUCGCUUGGAUCGUCGCAGGGCUGGUGGUUCUUCAAGUAUGGUGGGCGGGGUGGAUCAGGCAGUGGUGUUUUGAAUAUACUUCUCGCGGAACUAGUGAUGAGAUCAAGGUGGAUAGAUAUCGGUUUCAACGGGGUAGAUUCACAAAAUUGGGGAGAGCAGCUGUCUUCACUUCAUGUGUAGCCUUACUGUUCCACGUAAUCAUAAUAUUGUUCGGCGCUCCUUCUGCAAGUCAUCUCCCUCAUACCUUCUUGCUGGCGAUCGUUCUCGCACUACUAUCUGCGUUCGUACCCGCUUAUGCUCUGGGUUUCCCCACCUUUUCUUCCGAUACUUCGUCCCUAGUCACCAGACUCACCUGGACCCGUUUAUUCGCUGAACUUUCGCCGCGAAAUCCGAUAGAAAGAGCUUUGGUUUACCCGGCUGUCGGGACGCUGCUUGGCUCUUGGCUCGGCGCUUUCUCAAUUGCACUGGACUGGGAUCGACCAUGGCAGGCCUGGCCGCUAACGCCUCUUUUUGGAGGGAUCGCUGGCUACAUAGUCGGAUCUCUCACAGCGCUUUUCGUCAGCGCACUAAUGUGGCUGGCAGAAGAAAACGUUAGAAUGCGACAAUCGGAGAAGCAGAAGACCACCUGAGGUCCCCUUCUAUCUUCUAU